AUGGGGGAGAGGGAAGGUCAACAUUUAGAUUCUGAUCCUCUUAAUUUAGCCAGCCACAGUAGAAAGGAAAGUCUCGAAAACGUGGAUGGUGAAAGCAGUAAAACUGGUGAUACAAAGAAAAAUAACACAGUGGACAAGGAAGAUAAGGAUGAAAAGAAAAAUGAAAGUGAACCUGAGAAGAAAAAUGAUAGAGAGAAGGGGAAGAAUGAAAUAUUUGUCAUUGAUCCCUCUGGAAACCUUUAUUACAACUGGUUGUUCUGCAUCACAGUGCCCGUCAUGUACAAUUGGACAAUGAUCAUCGCUAGGGCCUGUUUUGAUGAACUUAACCAUAACAAUUUAGAAAUGUGGUUGAUUUUGGACUAUUCUGCAGAUUUUAUUUAUAUUGCUGACAUGUUUGUGCGAACAAGGACAGGUUACUUGGAGCAAGGCUUGUUGGUGAAAGAAAAAUCUAAGCUGAAGAGAAGAUACAAGGAAACAUCGCAAUUCAAAUUAGAUCUGCUGUCCAUCGUGCCAUCUGAUCUACUUUACUUCAGAUUUGGACUGAAUUACCCAGAAAUAAGAAUAAACAGAUUACUUAGAAUAUCACGUAUGUUUGAAUUCUUCCAGCAAUCAGAAACGAGAACAAGCUAUCCAAAUAUCUUCAGGAUCUCUAAUCUUGUCAUGUACAUUAUAAUUAUCAUCCACUGGAAUGCUUGUAUCUAUUUCUCCCUGUCCAAAGCGAUUGGCUUUGGAACAGACACAUGGGUCUACCCUAAUAUUUCUCAUCCUGAAUUUGGCAGGCUCGCUAGAAAAUAUGUGUACAGCCUCUACUGGUCAACACUGACAUUGACAACUAUUGGUGAAACACCUCCUCCUGUGCAAGAUAUUGAGUAUUGGUUUGUUGUUGUUGAUUUCUUGGUCGGUGUAUUAAUCUUUGCUACCAUUGUAGGUAACAUUGGUUCCAUGAUCUCUAAUAUGAAUGCUGCCCGGGAGGAAUUUCAAGCAAAGAUCGAUGCUAUCAAACAGUACAUGCAGCUUCGUAAUGUAAGCAAAGAUUUAGAGAAACGGGUUAUCAAGUGGUUUGAUUAUUUGUGGUCAAAUAAAAAGGCCGUAGACGAGAGAGAAGUCUUGAAAUUUCUUCCAGAUAAAUUACGAGCAGAAAUUGCUAUUAACGUGCAUUUGGAUACAUUAAAAAAAGUCCAGAUUUUUUCAGACUGUGAAGCUGGCCUGUUAGUUGAGCUGGUCUUGAAACUACAACCUCAAGUGUAUAGUCCUGGUGAUUAUAUCUGCCGGAAAGGUGAUAUUGGGCGAGAAAUGUACAUUAUCAAAGAAGGAAAACUCGCCGUGGUAGCUGAUGACGGAGUAACUCAGUUUGUGGUUCUUAGUGAUGGCAGCUAUUUUGGAGAGAUUAGCAUCCUUAACAUUAAAGGUAGCAAAGCUGGAAAUCGGAGGACAGCUAAUAUUAGAAGCCUGGGCUAUUCAGAUUUGUUUUGUUUGCAUAAAGAUGAUCUGAUGGAAGCUUUAAUAGAAUAUCCAGAGGCAAAGACUUUGUUGGAAGAGAAGGGAAAGCAAAUCCUUAUCAAAGAUGGACUACUGGAUUUGGAGCAAGUGAACAUGAAAAGAGACACGGAAAACCUCGAGCAAAAGGUUAGCCAAAUGGAAGGAAUGCUAGAUAAUUUACAAACAAGAUUUGCUAGACUUUUAGCUGAAUACAGUGCUGCACAGCAGAAAUUAAAAAUAAGGUUAAGGCAAGUUGAGACCAUUGUGAAACCAUCCCUAGAGUACGAUUUUUCAGACUUAGAAGAAUUGCAGAGAACUUCUGGUCAUUAA